CCUGUUCUUCUCCCCUGCCCUCGGAUCCCUCGGGCCUCCCAGCUCUCCGUCGGCGGCGGCUCACGGCCCUCGAAGAGGCGAUGUUCGUGUUGUGAGAGGAGGAAGGGGGAAAGAUGGGCCACUGGGAGAACCUCCCUGGAAAGAGUGACCCAACGCCAGCCCUGCCUCUGCGCCGCCCGGGGAGGAAUUCUGCCACGGAAGGUUUCUGGCAUUGGUGAUGAGCAAUGGGGUAUGAUGUAGCACGCUUUCAGGGGGAUGUUGAUGAAGACCUCAUAUGCCCCAUCUGCAGCGGGGUCCUGGAGGAGCCGGUUCAGGCUCCUCACUGUGAGCACGCCUUCUGCAAUGCCUGCAUCACCCAGUGGUUCUCCCAGCAGCAGACCUGCCCCGUGGACCGCAGCGUGGUGACGGUCGCCCACCUCCGCCCCGUGCCGCGCAUUAUGCGCAAUAUGCUCUCCAAGCUGCAGAUCACCUGUGACAAUGCUGUGUUUGGCUGCACGGCUGUAGUGCGACUGGACAACCUGAUGUCUCACCUCAACGACUGCGAGCACAACCCCAAGCGCCCCGUGACCUGCGAGCAGGGAUGCGGCUUGGAAAUGCCCAAAGACGAGCUGCCAAACCACAACUGCAUCAAGCAUUUAAGAUCGGUGGUGCAGCAGCAGCAGACCAGAAUUGCUGAGCUGGAGAAGACCUCAGCAGAACACAAGCAUCAACUGGCAGAGCAGAAACGUGACAUUCAGCUGCUGAAGGCCUACAUGCGUGCGAUCCGCAGCGUCAACCCCAACCUGCAGAACCUGGAGGAGACCAUCGAGUACAACGAGAUCCUGGAGUGGGUGAACUCCCUGCAGCCCGCCCGUGUGACGCGAUGGGGCGGGAUGAUCUCCACUCCGGAUGCCGUGCUGCAGGCCGUCAUCAAACGCUCGCUGGUGGAGAGCGGCUGCCCCACGUCCAUCAUCAACGAGCUGAUUGAAAACGCCCACGAGCGGAACUGGCCGCAGGGCCUGGCAACGCUGGAGACUCGUCAGAUGAACCGGCGUUACUACGAGAACUACGUGGCCAAACGCAUCCCCGGCAAGCAGGCCGUGGUGGUGAUGGCCUGUGAGAACCAGCACAUGGGUGAGGACAUGGUGCUGGAGCCGGGGCUGGUGAUGAUCUUUGCACACGGAGUGGAGGAAAUAUAAAGGACGUUGGAAGAGCGAUGCUUUGUGCGAGGAGGGGGACGGGGCCGAGGCCCAGGGUGGCUGCUCCCCGUGGCCGGGCUCUGCUCAGAGCUCUGCUGGGUGCUGCUCCCUCACACCUCCUGCCUGAAACGAUUCCACGCCUCCCCCCGUAACCGCUGCAUCCACCCCAGCCCGCCCCUGUUUGCCCUCUGCAGUUCCGUUUUCCCACUCGGUGUCUUCAGGGGGGCAGAGGAGCUCCGGCUGCUCCCCAGGUACCGCUGGACUUCCAGCCCCACAGCUGCUCCCCCAGCUCACGCUGUGCCUGCGGCCCCCGGCUGCCCCCCUCCCUGUGCUCUGUGUUUUCUGCCCUGUGCUUGGCUGUGUCUGUCCCUGGGGGCCGGGCCCGGCCUCUCUUUCCCCACUGCCCCUAAAGGCAG